AUGUCCAGCAACAGCGGAAUAAGGACGUCUCCCGACGGCGACGUGGAAAUGGAAAUGGAUCCCAAGAUCAGCGUCGAUUCUGAACCCGCGCCCGCGCCCUCUGGCAAUAGUGACAGACGCCAAUCUCUCACUCCCACUGCCGUCAUGGUGACACAUCCUCGACCAGUCGAUCUCGCCCACACUGGCUUAAAAAGGUCAAUCGCUGUGGCGCUAGACUACGUCGGUUUCGACAGUGCGGACAGCGUGGCAAUGGAGAGCUUCGCGCUUGCUGUUGAGGAGUAUCUGCAAUCCUUGAUCGAGGCCCUCAAGCACCAGGCCCUUUCCGCCCGCAGAGAGCAACCUAACCCGGCGGACUUUGAAACGAUUCUACGAACAUUCAACCUCCCUAUUGAUUCCUUGAAACCUCAUGCAAGGCACCCAAUCCCGAAGAACCUUCUUGUCCCCAAGACCAAGAAUAUUAGCGUUCCCCGCGGUUCGUAUCUACGACCACUGCCUACUCUUUCCGAAGAGCUCAGCGGAAAACCCGAAAAGGAAUCCAAAGAAUACAUACCUUCGCAGUUCCCCGAAUUCCCCAGCCGACAUACCUUCGUCUCGACACCACGUGAGGAGGCUCGCGACAAGAAGGAUCCAAAUCUAAUGCGCGAAGAGGUAUCAAAGGCGGCAAAACAAGGAGAGGAUGCCCUUAGAGGCCUGUUACGCGCGUCGAAAGUACGUCAGCAGAAGGAGGUACGGUCACAGACACAACGGUACCCCGCCAGUCGCGAGCGAUACAAGCUCUGGGAGCAUGCUAUGGAGAGGAUGAUGAAGUCGCGGGAUGGGCUUUCGGCACUCAAAGACAGCACGUCGGAGAAACCAUUGGGGGAUCAAAUUGCAAACGCAAGCAUGAUUGUCAACUCGGCAACUGAAUCUCACCGCCGAGAGGGGGUUCGCUCAACGCGAAGGCCGGCGGCUCGGACAACAUGA